AUGCUGAUUCCGGCAGGCGAUAUCACUCACGGGGGGUUGUCGUUAAAUGAGACGCCGGCUUGGCUGGAAGCAAAGAAGGUAAUCGAAGCUGAGUCUGGAUAUCAAAUCGUCCAGUGGCACCGAGACGAGCUUUCUGAAGAGUUGAAGAAGUUUGUCGAAUCGAAUGCCAUCCGCUACCCGACCAUCGUAUCGAGAGGGGCUGGCGGUAAUCUGUCUGAGGUGAUGACCAACUCAGAACUUGCAGCGUGCAAAGGAGAUGCACAAAGCGUCAUCUCGAGGUUGCGUGAGAAAGGCAUCGUACAGCAGAAGGCACCUUCUUCUUCUUCUUCUUUGUAG